GAUUGGAAGCAGCCACCUCAGCGAAGCUGCAGGAUUUCCGCAGGGCGGGAGCUGGUUAUCUCCCGGAAGAAAACGGCUCCUGUCACAGAAGUCUCGUGAUUGCUCUGGGAGCUUUGCUUAACCACUUGGAACUACAGAAGAAAGAAGGAUCUAGCGAAAUAUGGCUGCAGAGAGCCCUGCUAUGCGUCGGGUCCAGGUGGCAGAACAUCCCAGGUUACUGAAGCUAAAGGAGAUGUUUAACUCCAAGUUUGGAUCUAUUCCCAAGUUUUAUGUUCGAGCACCAGGAAGAGUCAACAUAAUAGGAGAGCAUAUAGAUUACUGUGGAUAUUCUGUUCUUCCUAUGGCUAUAGAACAAGAUGUCCUAAUAGCUGUAGAACCUGUGAAAACAUAUACUCUCCAACUGGCCAAUACAAAUCCCUUGUAUCCGGACUUCAGUACUAGUGCUAAUAACAUUCAGAUUGAUAAAACCAAGGCUUUGUGGCACAACUAUUUCUUAUGUGGACUUAAAGGAAUUCAGGAACACUUUGGUCUUAGUAACCUGACUGGAAUGAACUGCCUGAUAGAUGGAAAUAUCCCACCAAGUUCUGGCCUCUCCAGCUCCAGUGCUUUGGUCUGUUGUGCUGGCUUGGUGACGCUCACAGUGCUAGGAAGGAAUCUAUCCAAGGUGGAACUUGCAGAAAUCUGUGCCAAGAGUGAGCGUUACAUUGGUACUGAAGGAGGAGGCAUGGACCAGUCUAUAUCAUUUCUUGCAGAAGAAGGAACUGCCAAGUUGAUAGAAUUUAGUCCUCUGAGGGCAACUGAUGUAAAACUCCCAAGUGGAGCAGUGUUUGUGAUUGCCAACAGUUGUGUGGAGAUGAAUAAGGCAGCAACUUCUCAUUUCAAUAUCAGGGUGAUGGAGUGUCGGCUGGCUGCGAAGCUCCUGGCUAAAUACAAAAACUUGCAAUGGGACAACGUACUGCGGCUGGAGGAGGUGCAGGCUAAACUAGGGAUUAGUCUAGAAGAAAUGUUGUUGGUCACAGAAGAUGCCCUUCAUCCUGAACCCUAUAACCCCGAGGAGAUCUGUAGGUGUCUGGGAAUUAGCCUGGAGGAACUCCGAACCCAAAUCCUGAGUCCAAACACUCAAGAUGUGCUUAUCUUCAAACUCUAUCAGCGGGCAAAGCAUGUGUACAGCGAGGCUGCGCGAGUGCUCCAGUUUAAGAAGAUAUGUGAAGAAGCACCUGAAAACAUGGUCCAGCUGCUGGGAGAGUUGAUGAACCAGAGCCACAUGAGCUGCCAGGACAUGUAUGAAUGCAGUUGCCCUGAGCUGGACCAGCUGGUGGACAUCUGUCGGAAGUUUGGGGCUCAAGGGUCACGACUUACUGGAGCAGGAUGGGGAGGCUGCACAGUAUCAAUAGUACCUGCGGACAAGCUGCCCGGCUUCCUAGCAAAUGUGCACAAAGCUUAUUACCAGAGGAGUGAUGGAAGCUUAGCACCAGAAAAGCAGAGUUUGUUUGCUACCAAACCUGGAGGCGGGGCUUUGGUUUUCCUUGAGGCCUGAAAAAAUGUAAAAAAUCUCAGAGAAACUAUUUAGGACACUUAGGAAUUGGCAGGACUUUCUAUGCCACAGUAAAUUAAUCUUCUUUCUGUUUUGUAUUAUGAUGAAUGGUUGCUAUUAUAUCAAGAUAUAUUUUCAAAGAAAUGAUUGAAAGCUCUCUAUGCUUCAUAAUGAUUAUUUUUCCAUCUUAAAAUAUGGUUUUACUAUUAACAGUCAAGAUCAUGCUUGGACAGAUCUUUUAAGAAUAAUUUACUGAGAUUUAUUCAUUUGAAGAUUUUAAAGAUGAAUGGUAAAACACACUCUUAAUACUGAUUACAUUUGAAUUAAAUAUAUUGUUACAAUUAAACUGAUACCAUUGAAUUGUACGCAUUAUUCUUGAAUAGAGUUCAUUUCCGGUUUCUCUUAGUACUGUUCUUCCUCAAAGUUGUAGUUCUCUGUUGAUGAUGAUGAUGAUGACGACAGUGAUGCCACACAUUCUCUCUCAAUUUCAGCUCCAGAACGCUAUAAAAAUAAUACAUGAUUAAAGUUUCACAGAUUUUCUUGGGCAUUGUAUAAUUGAAUGUGAGAUUUCUCCAUUUAUCAAGAGAGUCUGCUGGAGUUUGCUGGAGGUCCGCCCCAGACCCUGUUUGCCUGGGUAUCAUCACUGGCAGAGGCUGCACAACAGUAAAGAUUGCUGCCUGUUCCUUCCUCUAGAAGCUUUGUCCCAGAGGGGCACCUGCCAGAUGCCAGCCAGCUCUGGUACACUUGCUGUAACAUGUUGUCUGGAGUCUCCACUUCAGGAAGACCAUACAAUUGCAGUGAGUUCAGAGAAAACUAAUAAGAAUGUUAUAUAUGCUGAAUAGCAUCAAUGUAAAAUUUGAGUGAGAUAGAGAUAAAUUCAACGAUCAAAAUCUCCACAGGGCUGUCCAUGUUAUUUCCAUGUGCUUGUGGUCAGUGAAGCUCAGGAAGUUGUCUUGACUGAAAUAUGGGAGAAAUGUCCUGGGAAGGGUCCUGAGAAUUAGCUAGAACAGUGAUCUCUACACCCUCUUGAUCAUGUAUCCUAUGAGUUAAAGAUAUAGAAAUGAAAAAUCCUGCUGCCUUUGUUAUUACUUGUCAUUUGGGAAUUUCUUAGAUAAAAUAAAAGAAAAUGGAAAGAUAAUUUGACCUCUGACUCCCAGGAGAAUGUUCAAGCCACAUCUGAAAUUUACCAAAGAACGAAGAGAAAAAAUUUUUCAAGUUGGAAGUGUUUUCAAGAAAACGUCAGCUUCCCCAUUGCACCACAACUGCUUUGUUCUAAUUUACGCCAACAAGAGGAACAUCAGAAAGGUUGCAUAGUGGUGUGGAAGUCAGAUUCAUCAACCUAAUGUGCUUUGGAAAUACCAGCCAGCUCAUGCAUCUUAAGAUAAUAUAAAAUCAAUGGACUCUGACCUCCAAAAUUGAAGAGAACACGAUUAAACUCUGGACCAGUACUACUAUAGUGCGACUGUAAGAGGAAGAAAAGAAUCAAGAUGAUGAUUACUUUUAUGUUUCUAAAAAAGUGUGAAUAAAAUAUAACUUCAUAUUUAGCAUAAAGUUACAAUUUGAUAUAUUAAAAUGAAGGAAAUUCCAGAAAGCAUCUUCUUAAUUAGAGGAAUUUACCAAAGUAAGAGUCUAUACGUAUGUGCAGUAAGGCUUUUCUACCCUUUUGAUUUAUCAGGCUUGUUUAUAGGCAAUAGACAUUAUUCAGUCUUAAGAACAGAAAAAAAAAAAAAACAAAAUGAAGAAA